AUGUCUUUCUUUCUUAUGGAUUUGUCUUUCUAUUUUUCCUUGGAUUUAGAGUGUUUUCGACAGAGUUUCUCAUUGAGAGCUUUCUUUUUUUCUUUCUGCCCAUGGAUUGAUUCUAUCUCGAGAGUUUCUUUAGAGUGUCUAUAUUGCCUUGAGAGCUAUUUUGAUAAAUUCUUGGAUUCUUUCUAUCUUUCUUGUGGAUUCUUUUGGAUUCAUUUCUUUGGAUUCUUUCUUAUCUUUUGCACAGUUAGAAAUCAUUCUUUAAUACUGGAUCUAUUCUUGAAAAAUCAACAUUUAACCAAACUGUUAACAGUCGUCAGAUUCUGUGUAUCUUUUCAUCGGUUUCUUUAUAAUUACUUUCUCAUUUUCCUUUUUCCUUCUUUCUUUCUUUCUUUCUUUCUUUCUUUUUUUUUUUGCUUGCCUUCUGCUCUUUAUUUCUUUAAAUUGCCAUAUUUCCUUGGUUUCUGUUCUGCUCUUUCUUUCUUUCUUUCUUUCUUUUUUCUUUUGAUUUUUUGUUCUUUCCUAUCAUUCUUCCUUCCAUUCUUUUCUUUCAAUUUUUUUCUCUUUUUCCUUCUUUCUUUUUUCUUUCUUUCUUUCUUUUUUUCUUUCUUUUCUUUCUUUUUUUUUGACUUGCCGCCUUCUGCUCUUUAUUUCUUUAAAUUGCCAUAUUUCCUUGGUUUCUGUUCUGCUCUUUCUUUCUUUCUUUCUUUCUUUCUUGAUUUUUUGUUCUUUUUCUAUCAUUCUUCCUUCCAUUCUUUCUUUCAAUUCUUUACUUUCUGUUUUUUUUUCUUUCUUUUUCUUUCUUUUUCUUUCUUUUUUCUUUUUUUUUGA